AUGAUGAUGAUUGAGGACGAAUUCCGACUGCUUGCUGGACUGGUGGCGCCCUUCGACGAGCUGGACCUCAGACAACCAGAACAAGUUCGCCUGCUUCAAGCUCUCAAGAAGCUGCGCCGAAGGAGUAAUAAGAUUCAUCGCGCGCUGGUCAGUCUGUCGCCGCAUCCGGCGGACUCGAUGCACCGAUCCACAAUAAUACAGAACAGGAUACGAUGGCGUCUUCGGACGAAACAACUACCUGUGCUGCACGACCAGCUCCAUCGCCUCUCGCUGCUGCUGGACCCAUCCUGUCUGCCGGAACGGCCCAACGGACGGUUCCGCGAAGCUCUGGGGAUCUUACUGGAGAUGGACGACUCGAUCGAGCUGAUCAAGACGUCCGCCGACUCGGUCUGGUAUGAUGAGCAGGCCCUCAUCGCCACACCCGACGCCAAUCCUCCGCCGGGCUCAGAACAUCUCGAGCACUUGACCGUCCAUCGGUGUCUGCUCGUCGUCUCAAAUUGCAAGAGCGUGCUCAUCGAACUCUCGCGUGCGAUCGAAUCCUACGAGCGCUUCUUUCGCGUCUUGGUCCUCACCGAUGGACGGGUCUGCGAGGCCGACCAGCCGGCCGACUAUCUGCAAGAGUUCAGGAAGGAGAGCAUCCCCCGAACGGUCGCCGAACAGCUGCAGCGGCUCGAAACAUUCAUCCACUGGCUACUACUCUCCAACCUGGCCAUUCUAGAGUCCGACUGGCGAGCGAUGAUCGUGGCUAUCGACGAGACCUUAACCAACCUGCUCGAGUUCGGAAAGGCACCCUCGAUCAGGCACGAUCCCGAGAAGCCGAAUUUACCAAGACAGAUCGAGGCCCUGAUCCCGGUCGUCAAGCUCUCGCGACUGUUCCUCAACAAGCUCUCCAGUCCAACCAACAGUCUGCCUCGGCUGACCUCAGGGAUGUCCCUCGAACUCAUCGACAGCUUGCGUCUGGCCACCAGCCCUAUCCCCUUCGACCUCAGCGAUAUCCUCAACACAUUCGAUACCCCUCGCCCCCACCACAUCGCUCUCACCACGGCCAUCCAAAGUCUCGUCGGCUCGGCUAGAAAACUCAACUCGAUCUUCAACAAUCACUUCGACUCCCUCCAGCUCGACCCCCACCUGAACCCGCUCGGUAACGGCCCUAUCUGGUUCAAGCUCUGGAUCACCGAAUUCGACCUUGCUAUGGUCACCUUCAUCCGGAUCUCUCAAAAUACUGUCGACGAUGAUGCCGCUAACCAGGCAGAGUCUGUAUUCUAA